GCGGUGUGGUGGUUGGGUUGGGCGUUAAAUAAAUAAUGCGUUUCCGGUUUCGGUGAUGUGUUUGCAUCAAUGCAUGGUUCCUGCUAGUGAUGCUUUUGUCCUCUUCCUGUCUUUUUUAGCCGGCUAUUUUGUCUUAAACUCUCUACAUAGCAGAUUCAUUCAUUUUGCUUUGCGUUUUUUUUUCUUUGUUUUCUCCGGUGAUUAGUUAUGUUGCUUGAUCCAUUUGCUUCACUGCAUGUGUGUGUUUAAACACUUAAAUUUCUUGUUUUUCUUCGGCAAAUUGGUGGAUUGUCUUCGGUAUGGUGUAAUUUACUGUUCAAUUAAGAAAAAUGGGGGUAUCAAUCGGAUUACAGAAAGAGACACGGCUUUUUCUGCAGAUUUAGCCACAGACUUUUGAUAUAUUCGAGGACUUUCUAAAUUUAUCUCCUUCACUCCCUCUUAUCCUCUUUUUGUCUCUUCUUUCUUCAGAUUUUCUUCUGUGAAUUGAAUUCGAGUCGUUGCUUCUGGCUUCGGUGCUUGCUGUUUUGUUGGCACAAGUUAUUGGUCCAAUUGAAAUGAAAGAGUUUGAGUGAAAAGGAGACUUAGACUGUGUGGUCUGGCCAUGGAGAAUUCUUAUAAGGCAAAUGGAAAUGGACCAACUGAGAAUGGUUACUCUGUUGCAAGGCAUUCUUAUCAACCCUCCUUGAAGGGGUCAUUACCUUGGCUGGACAUAAAGGUGUUUUAUGUAAGAGUGUGCAAGUGUGAGCUUGAUGAUUCCACUCCUGGAUCUCUUACACUGAAUCAUGUUCCUUUGAAUCCUGACACUCUUCUUGAAAUUAAUGGCGUUCGUACUAGUAUAUAUUCUGAUGGGAUGUCAACCCUUCUCAAGAGAGACAGGGUAGAUAGAAAAUCAGAAGAAGUGACAUUUGUAAGCACUGAUAGCAUAAGGAUGAGUGGUAGUGUCAAGUUCGAGGUGUUUGAUAAAGAUGUUCUGCUGCUUUCCGGUGCUUUAGAAUUGUGUAAUACCAAUGGUGUUGUUGGGGAAUCAAGUUAUAAUGGACAAAGGUGGAACAUGAACUGUGAGUCAUAUAUAAUUCCAGGCACCAGCUUCUUUAAGGGGAAACAAUUGCUGUUGCCAGACUCAAGUCUCCCAACAAUUGAGGUCUACAUUGCCGGCUCCUUCUCGAGUACUCCAAUUAUCUUGACAAAAACCUUGCAGCUUUCUCAGAAAAAGCAUACAAAGAAGGGAGUAUUGGAUGCAAUUCCAGAGCAUGAGGCCAGUGAAAAUGGGAAAGAUAUUUCUUCAGCCCAUGCUUUGCAGGCCCCAGAUUACCUUUACGACAAACAUGAAGAUGAAGAUUAUAAUAGCCUCUACCCAGGAACAGCAUAUGCCGAUGGCGAAGAUGGAGAACUUUCAUGGUUCAAUGCCGGUGUUAGGGUCGGUGUUGGUAUUGGACUUAGUGUUUGUCUUGGCAUUGGCAUUGGAGUUGGCCUGCUUGUUAAAACCUACCAAGGCACCACUAGCCACUUUAGAAGACGGCUGUUCUGAUCGGGGCUUCUAUUUAAGCUUAAAACUCUCUGCUUUUUGUUCAUCUCCCUCUUAAUCCAAAGACAGCUAACCUUAUUUUUGUCCAUCUCCCUCUUGAGUCUUGAUCCAAAGACAACAGGUUAAAUAUCUUGUCCAUCUGAGUGGAGGGUUUUUUUUUUUUGCUGUAUGUAAUAUAGUUUAUUUUUAGUGCCAUUCUAUGCGAGGUAUGAUCUUAACUUCUUAAGUAAAACAGCAAGAACUAAGAAGUUUUUGAAUUAUUUGCCCUACUUAUUAAGGUGUUGAACUGGUGAAAGCAUGAUUAGUUUAGUUUUGACUUUCCUAUUGAUCGUAAUAAUCCUCCUUCAACAAAGUAAUAAGAAACUAGUCCCAAAAUGUAUCUAUGGUAUUAAAAAAAUGUAUUUUCUUUUAUGACAA